GCAAUAAACGACUCCACCGCGACUUCCGUUAAUGUCGGCGAUCGUAUUUUCUGUUCGUUUAAAAAUUUGAUUUGUUUCGGGUUUAAUUUUUCCCCCUCAACUUUUCUCAUCUCACUUGAUACAUCGAUCAGAAGAAGAAGAAGAAGACAGAAUGGCGAUGCUUACACAAGAGAAGCUGAAGGAAAUGGAGGAGGAGAUGGAUCGGUUUGAGCAGGAGAUUCUUGUCCCUUCCAAUGAAGAUGAAAAUGAUAUUCCAAGGAUGAUCAUCGGUUCAAACACUUACACAAAGGUUCAAGCCCAGCUGAAGUUGGCUCGACAUCCAGGGGAAGAAUUUCCUGUCAGUCCAGCUCCCAGAAUGGUUAUGGAUAAGUGCCAUCAACCACCAUCUUCACAUAUCACUCGGAGUUCCAUGGAAAUACCUUUAUCAGUUUUGUCAGCUCCGCCACCACCUCCACCACCACCAGGUCCCCCACAAAUGCAUUUCACAAGACCACCGCCGCCGCCCCCUCACCCGCCACCCAUGCCUCGGCCUGCUCCUGCCUUUUUGCCCCAUCAGCUGCGACAUCGUCCCCCGAUGCCAGUGCGACACCCUAUGCACAUGCCCCCCAGGCCGGGUGGCAUGCCACCAUUCCAACCCCCUCCACCCAGGCCACCUAUGAUGGGCAACAUGACCGGUAACAACCCUCCACCCAUGCCAAACCCAAUGAUGAUGUCUCAACAACGACCUUUCAUAGGUCCUCCUCCUCCGGGGACUAUGUACCCACCUCAUUCCCUUGACACGGGCCCUAAGCCAGACAAUGUGUUGCCCCAAAUGGUCAACAUUGAAAAACCCCAAGUCAUUUAUUCAGCUCCCCCCACAAGUAAAGGCAAAAAACCUGAGGGCAAUAAACAACCGCACAGCUCGUCUUUGAGUGUGCCACACGGUGCCAGCAACAUGUCCUCAGUCCAAACUACUACGUCCUCAACGGUGGCCGUAGCCUCUUAUCAGAUGGCCGACAGUUCCCAGGCGACCCCUGCCGACAACUCAGCAGAAGACGAGAAAACAUCGAUGGAGAUGUCGAAUGAUAAUGACCUGACGGUGCAACAGAAGAAAGACAAAAAGGAGAAGAAAAGAAAAUUCAUUCGAACGGCUGCUGGUCAAAUUUGGGAAGAUGCUACCUUAACUGAAUGGGGAACUGAUGAUUUUCGGAUAUUUUGUGGCGAUUUGGGCAACGAGGUCACUGAUGAGAUUUUGACGAGAGCGUUUUCGAAAUUCGCAUCCUUCGUUAAGGCUAAAGUUGUCCGAGACAAAAGGAGCAAUAAGACCAAAGGCUAUGGGUUUGUCAGCUUCAAAGACCCCAACGACUUUGUCAGAGCCAUGCGGGAGAUGAAUGGAAAGUAUGUUGGAAACCGCCCAAUCAAGCUUCGGAAAAGUUCCUGGAAAGAAAGAAAUAUCGAAAUUGUCCGGAAAAAGGACAAAGAGAAAAAGAGACUUGGUUUGCGUUAAACUGCAUCGUUGCGACAUCAUCGUUCUUUUCCUGUGGUUUGAGAUCAAAUGGCAGACUGUCCACCACCAGUUAAACUUUUUUGGGGACAAAGCUAUGUGGUCACUUGUAAAUAUUGUUUAUAAUAAAAUAAAAAACUAAAAAGAAAA